CACACACAACUCUCUUCUCUAAAAAAAAACUAAACUAUUGCAUGCUCUCUCCCUCUCUCUUCUCUUUCUCAAUCAAGAAGAUCAUGUCAGGCGUGUGGGUGUUCAAGAACGGAGUGAUAAGGCUUGUGGAGAACCCUAACCAGUCAGGAGCCGACACAUACAGCCGAAGGAAGGUCAUGGUCUAUUUACCGACAGGAGAAGUGGUUUCAUCUUAUUCGAUGCUCGAGCAGAUCCUCCAGAGUCUUGGGUGGGAGAGGUACUUUGGCGACACAGAACUCCUCCAGUUCCACAAACCCUCAUCCAUUGAUCUCAUCUCUCUCCCUAGAGAUUUCACCAAAUUCAACUCCGUUUACAUGUACGAUAUCGUCGUCAAGAACCCUAAUUACUUCCACGUCCGAGACUCCCAUUAAAUCUUCUGUUCUUUCUGUUGUGUGUUUGUUUGUUUGUGUGUUUUUUACAAUUUAGUAUUUGUUGGAUUUUUUCUUUAGUUGCAUGUGCAUGUUUUCUUUUCCGUUGUCGAUGUUGAGAGUUGUGGUGUAACUGUAUGUGAUUGUGGUAUUAUGAAAGUUGAGAUUAAGAAGAGAAGAGUCGAUUUAGGGAGAACUUAAUCAUAACAUGGUUAAGUUUCAUUUUAAUGUUUUCAUCCUUGCAUAAUUCGGUUCCACGAUGAUCUGUUGUAUCGGUGUACACCAUUGUUACUGAAAGAUAUGUUAUUUGGAUUUGUUGAUCUCAUCAUAUCAAAUGCUUUU